AUGAGCAAAAAGCUAGAAACGGAACUCGGUUACUCAGACGAACGUCGGACAGAGACAAACCUCCCGACUCGUGAGCUGCAGACAUCAGUGGACAUACACUCGACAUAUGCAGAAUCUGCCAUGAACAAGAAUUUGAAACCUCCAAUAGUUUGGAAGCUCCCUGUGCUUGUUCUGGAACUGUCAAGUUUGCACACAGAGACUGCAUACAGAGAUGGUGCAACGAAAAGGGAAACACGAUUUGUGAUAUUUGUUUACAGGCUGCAGUUUCCCCUGUUCAAUAAUUUUGGUAGAAUUAUUGAAGUUCUUCGAAGUUCUAAGGGAACCUAA